CCUGGUCCGCUCUGGCGCGCCUGGGCUGUUGCGGUGCCCACCGGCGGGUACGGCCCCUCUCCAGUUAUGGCGCCGCCGGAGCCGGAGAGCGUGCCCGAGGCGGUGCUGGAGCAGUGGCGGCAGUACAACGAGACCGAGCGGCAGUGGGAGCUGCGCCGCCGCUUCAUCCUCCGCCACCUCAGCGGCUAUCCCGGCGCGGCCAUCGACCAGCUGCUGUCGCUCUCCGUGCUCUGGACCAACCACAUCUUCAUGGGCUGCAGAUACGGCAUGCAGGUCAUGGAGAAGGUUCUCAAGAUGGCUGAAGGCAUCGACAUCGGGGAGAUGAGAACAUACGAGUUGGUUCCUAGCAGGAAGCUAAAAAGAUGCCACUCUCCAUCUGACAGUCCAGAGCUGGAAGAGGUUCCUGAGCCGCCCAAAAAGAUGGCCCCCAGGUUCCGGGUGCGACCACGCUUUGAACCCAUACACUUUGUUACUAGUGCUGAGAAGGAUGACAGGAGGGAAGAGUCUCUGGAUAACCAAAUGCAGGAGGUGAACCAGGAGGCAAACACAAACAGCAUAGCACAGCCAGCUGAAAACUGCACCAAUUCCUUUGUGAGUGCACGGGAUGUAGAUCCACAGCUCUCCAACUCUGCCGGGCUUGGCUUUACAGGCCCGGCAGCAGCAGCCAAGAAGGCUGUGAAUAGCAUGGACUCUACCACAAACAGCACGUUGCAGGUUUCUGUUUCUCCUUCGACCGUCCAACCUGCGUCAGAGACUUUCCCUCCAUCAGCUAUAACGCUGAAGCAGAGUUUUAUUGAGAAACUGUCAGCAGCUGUCUGGAAAAAUCUUGCUAACCCAGAUGCGAGCACGGGGACUGACAAAAUUAACUUCACCUAUCUUUUGACACGUUCAAUUCAGGCCUGCAAGACAAAUCCCGAAUAUAUUUAUGUUCCUCUGAAAGAAAUCGCCCCCGCUGACCUCCCCAAGAGCAAGAAGCUCCUAACGGAUGGCUUCGCUUGCGAGGUGCGGUGUCAGAACGUCUACCUGGCCACCGGGUACGCCGGCAGCAAAAACGGGUCCCGGGAUCGAGCGGCGGAGCUGGCGGUCAAGCUGCUGAAGAAGGCUGUGGAAGUGAGAGUUGUGCAGCGGAAGUUCAAGCACACCUACCACGAAGACCUGGUGGUGUGCGAGGCAGGCGUGAGUCGCCCGGAUUUCCCUCCUGCUCUCAAACCCCACGAGGAGUUUGUAGCUGCCAACAGGGACUGUGUCCCGAUGCAGCCCGGUACUGAAUCCAUGAAAGGUUCUGCUAAUACCAACAAACACUGGACUAGUUUCGUCCUCACCGAGAACGCCAGUGACGCAAUAGGAAUCCUUAACAAUUCUGCCUCAUAUAACAAAAUGUCUGUGGAAUAUAAAUAUGAAUUAAUGCCCAACCGCUCGUGGCGCUGCCAGGUGUAUCUGCAGGACCACUGCCUCGCCGAGGGAUUUGGCACUAAAAAGACCAGCAAGCACGCAGCCGCUGAGGAGGCACUGAAGAUCCUGCAGAAGAUGCAGUCAAACAUAGCAGCCAUCAAAGUGACCCAGGUUCAGAAGGUGGGCUGCUCAUCACGGGGCUCUGGAAGGAAGAAGGACCUGAAGGACCUCGUGGUUUAUGAGAACUCCAGUAACCCGGUGUGCACGCUGAAUGACACUGCCCAGUUCAACAAGAUGACGGUGGAGUAUGUCUUUGAAAGGAUGACUGGCAUGCGAUGGAAGUGCAAGGUGCUGCUUGAAGACGAAUUCAUUGCAGAAGCAGUUGGAGUGAAGAAAUCUGUCAAGCAUGAGGCAGCAGAGGAAGCUGUGAAAAUCCUCAAAAAGACUCAGCCAACUGUUGUCAAUAACCUGAAGAAAGGCACCGUCGAAGACGUCAUCUCCCGAAACGAGAUCCGGGGUCGGUCAGCUGAAGAGGCUUUCAAACAGAAGAUCAAAGAAGACAACAUUGGGAAUCAAAUAUUAAGGAAAAUGGGGUGGACAGGCGGUGGCCUGGGGAAAGCCGGGGAAGGAAUUAGAGAGCCUAUUUCAGUGAAGGAGCAGUUUAAAAGGGAAGGACUUGGGCUUGAUGUGGAAAGGGUCAACAAAAUCGCUAAAAGAGAUAUUGAAGAGAUCAUUCGGAACUAUGCACGCUCAGAGAGCCACAUUGACUUGACUUUCUCUAGAGAACUGACCAUGGAUGAGAGGAAGCAGAUCCAUCAGAUAGCCCAAAAAUAUGGUCUUAAAAGUAAAUCUCAUGGGCAGGGGCACAACAGGUACUUGGUGGUGAGCAGGAAGCGGCGCAAGGAGGAUCUGUUGGACCAGCUGAAACAGGAGGGCCAGGUUGGGCACUAUGAGCUGAUUAUGCCACAGGCGAACUGAGGGGAUGUGUCCCUUUGACUAGAGACUGAGCUGCCCGGAUACUCGGUGAGAGAAAGAGAUGCUGCAUUUUUCCUGUCAUGGGCUACAUCAAUGUUAAAAGUCCUUCACUUUGUUAAUAUCAUUUCUAAAACAUUGUUAGACAUUUAGAACUGACCGAGUUCUGUUCCAAGUAUCUUAGCACAGCCCAAAAGCAGUAGUGCUGUCACUGUAUGUGUCUUUGAUAUUACUUGUUCCUUCACGUUUUAAUAGUUUUGUAAUAGCAAAACCACAUGUCCAACGAGGAGGAAUUUGACAUCAUUUAAAAUUCUGGUUCCCUUCUUCUUGACCAAGGAAGUAAAAAAAAAAAAAAAAAAAAGCCCUUUUUUUAAAAAAAAAUAAAAAUAAAAAAGAAAAUUGCAAAAAGCAAAGGAAAUGCAGUCUGGGG